ACAGUCAGACUCACAGAGAGGAAGAGUCGCGCUCAGACAGUCGAGAGACAAGUUCAGCAUUAUGGCGCUGCGGGACGAGCUUCUAAAGUCUAUCUGGCACGCGUUCACAGCUCUGGAUGUGGACAAAAGCGGGAAGGUCUCCAAAUCUCAGCUCAAGGUGCUGUCCCACAACUUGUGUACGGUGAUGAAGAUCCCACAUGACCCCGUGGCGCUCGAGGAGCACUUUAAAGAUGACGACGAGGGUCCCGUCUCCAACCAGGGAUACAUGCCAUACCUGAACAAGUUCAUCCUGGAUAAGGUGACGGAUAACUUUGACCGUCAGGAUUUCAACAAAAUGUGCUGGACGUUGUGCUUCAGGAAAAACUUGAAUCAAAGCCAAUUAUUUAUCACCAACGAUGACGCCUUCAAGAUCUGGUGCAUCUUCAACUUCCUGUCUGAGGACAGAUACCCGCUGAUCAUGGUCACUGAGGAGAUCGAGUACUUCCUGCGUAAACUGACGGAGGCGAUGGGGGGCAGCUGGGUUGAGGAGCGUUUUGAGGACUACAAACUGCAGCUGAACUCGAAGCAGCAGAGUCUGAACGUCUGGGAGCUCAUUGGCGUGGUGGGGUCGGGCCACUUCAGCAAGGGCAUGGACCGCCAAACGCUCUCCAUGGGCAUCAACGAGGUCUACCAGGAGCUCAUCCUGGACGUGCUCAAACAGGGCUACAUGAUGAAGAAGGGUCACAAGAGGAAGAACUGGACGGAGCGCUGGUUCAUGCUGAAGCCGAACUCCAUCUCCUACUACGUCGGCGAGGACCUGGCCGAACAGAAAGGAGAUAUCUUACUGGACGGAAACUGCAGCGUGGAGGCUUUACAAGAUAAAGAAGGAAAGAAGUGUCUCUUCCUCAUCAAGUCGUCACAAAAAACCUUUGAAAUCAGUGCGUCAGACAAGAAGAAGAAGCAGGAGUGGAUCCAGGCUAUUCAGACCUGUGUGACCCUGCUGCGUCAGGGCCGGCCGGCGCCGCACCGCGAGGCUCGACAGAAGCGGCGGGAGCUGCGGCUGAAGCAGCAGGCUGAACAGGAGGAGCUGGAGCUGAGGAUGAGGGAGCUGCAGACGGCCAAUGAGGUUAAACAACUUGAACUGGAGAACAUGAGGAAGGCCUUGGAGGAGGCAGCCGCUAACGCAGCAGAAGAAGAGCAAAGGCGUCUUCAGACCCAAACUGAACUCCAGGACCGCUACAGGAUGGACCUGGAGAGAGAGAAAAUGGUACGGCAGCAGGUGGAAGAGCAGGUGGCCCAGAAGUCCACUGAGCUGGAGCAGUACCUGCAGCGGGUUCGGGACCUGGAGGACAUGUACGGUAAACUGGAGGAUGCUCUGGAAGAUGAGAGGCGUGCCAGACAGGAUGAGGAGGCCGUCCGCAGGCUGCAAGCACGGUUACUGGAGGAAGAGGCCACAAAGAGGGCAGAGUUGGAGCAGAUCCACCUACGGCAGCAGCGCGCCAUCUCAGAGACAGAGGCUGAGAAGCAGGAGCUUGAGAAGGAGCGCCUGGCCAAGGAAAGCGCUCUGCAGGCAGCCAUGAAACAACUGGACCAGCUGGAGCAAGAGAGACAGGGGGCGCUGGAGCAGUAUCAGACAGUGAUGAAGAAGCUGGAACACGCAACCAAUAACACCAAGACCUGGAAGCACAAGGUGGCUGAACAUGAGGGCUUGUUACGACUCAUUCAACCAGAUUUGUAUCUAUGAAAUGCACUACUUUUGACCAGAGUCUGAUCUGUCCACCCCAAACUGUUUGAGCAUGUUUUAGGUUCAGGCUGUAAAGUUAAGAGCUGGUAAAGUUGUAAGAUCUACUACUACGUUUUCCAGUGACUAUUUUCCUUUCAUCUCUUUAGGACAACUUUUUACAUAAAAAAUAUAAGGGAUUUUUGUACAUAUUUUAACAAUGGUUUGUGUUUUGUCAAAGUUUUUUUUUUCUGUACUAAAGUUAAAGACCCAGUG